AUGUCGCAAGAUUAUCAAAGUGAUCUUUUGAAGAAAGUUACAGAUUCGAUUGAUGAAAUUUGUAAUCUUGAUGAUAUUUAUCAUCGUGAAAAAGCUUCUCGUGCCUGUGUGAAGUUAUAUACACAUAUCUAUGAAUGUUUCCAGAUAAGCGCAUCUGCCGUUCCAGGUUUAAUUCAUUCGUUAUCCAUCGAUAAUUUUCGAGAUAUGCUAGGACAAGACAUAUAUCUGCAUUUAAAGAAUUAUCUACAGAACAAAUUCAAUAACGUAUCGAAGGAUAUUGAUAAUGAAUCCAAUGAAAACAUCCUUCAAUAUUUCAAAGAACUUCAAUGCAAGUACAAAGAAGUGUUUAAAGUAUUAAACGGUGGUUAUCGGUAUUUUCAUAAUCAUUGGCUCCAACGUCAACUUGACACGGGAAGAUCUGAUAUCUAUAAAAUUGAUGUCUUAGCUCAACGACUUUGGACAGAAAUUGUGUUAAAGCCACACUUUCAACGAUUAAUACAAGAGAUUAUUUUGUCUUUCGUUAAUGCGAAAAUUCAUUUAGGUGAUGAAAAUUUAAUUGAAAUGAUGGAUAAUACUAUCUAUACGGAAAGUUUUCAGGAUAAAUUUCUUCAAACAACAGAAGAUUUUUAUCGUUCAAAAGAAUUUCCUAGCAUAGAAUCAAAUAGCAAAAUGUUGGAAUAUUUGAAAUUGGUAGCAAAAUAUUUUGAUUAUGAAAUCAAUCAAGCGAAAACUUAUCUACCUGAACAAAAAUCAACAUUAACAACAUUGAUAGUUUUACUCGAAACAAUAUUUUUUCCAACUGAUAUUUUCAAUAUUAUUGUAGAAAAACUACAAUUACUUGUAUCAGAUGAGAAUAAUUAUCAAGAACUAGCUGUAUUGUUUGAACCAAUUCGUGAAUUACCAAAAUUAAAAAAUGAAUUGUUGAAGUUAAUUGAAAUUCAUGUUAACCAAAAGGCAAUUGAGUCUAUCAGUAACGAUCUAAUUAAGAAACCAUUGUUAUGCAUUGAAACAAUUAUAAAUAUUCAUGGAAAAUAUUUAAAACUUAUCCAGGAAACCUUCGUAGGAGACCAAAGUUUCGUUGCCAGUUUUCAUAAAGUUUAUGCUAAAUUUGUUAAUCAAAAUCCAAUAUUACGAAGGACUAGUAACAUGAUGACACCAGAAGAAAUUUUCGCUCGAUAUUGUGAUAGAUCACUGAGAAAAGGAAGUAAAGCUGUAAAAAAUGAUGAUUGGAAUGAAAAAUUGAAUAAUAUUAUGGUGAUAUUUCACGCUGCAGUUAUUUUCGAAUGA